AUGAGCUCUAUCGAAUACCACUAUCCCGUGAUUGGCCGCAAGGGCACUGGAGGCGUAUUUGAUCGCUUGCCUAUCGAGACGUUGGAGAAGGACCAUCCUUACCAAUUUGCAUUGUUCAUCCUUGCCUUUGCCGUAAUCCAGCAGCGUCCCGAUGCCCCCCAAGUUGUUGGAGAGCCUGCAGGCACCUUCAUGGAAAUUGCGUCGAUUCACGGAAGGCCCUUCAUUGAAUGGGCAGGCGACCGCAACAAAAACACCUCAACUGACUAUAGCGCCACUGACAAGAAAGAUACUAAUCCCGUUCCUGCCAGAUUCGGAGGUUAUUGCAACCAUGGCUCCGUUUUUUUUCCUACUUGGCACCGCCCAUACGUCAUGCUUCUUGAGCAAUCCAUCGGAAACAUUGCUGAUCAACUGGCCCACGACAUCGAGGCUAAAAACCCGCAUGAAUGUGGAGUGUGGGUCAAAGCUGCCAAGGAACUACGCUUUCCAUACUGGGAUUGGGCCGAGAAGGAUGUUUCCGAGAAUGGCCUUCCACCUGUUUUGUAUGAAGACAAAGUGGAAAUCAUGGCUGCUGGAGGUCAAAAACAAAUUGUUGAUAAUCCACUUUCAUUUUUCUCAUUCGUCGAUGGGGUCCCAUCCGAUUUUUCCGACGAGACGCUCAGGACGGGACAAGUGGCAUACUUCUCCAAGUGGCACAGGACAUACCGCUAUGUUGCUAGUACCGCGAACCCUGAAGGCAGCGACAUAGACCAGUUGCAAAAGGCGUUCAAAGCCGGGGCAAAGGAUUUAAGAAGCAAAGUCGCUCAGCUCUUUGUAGUAAAUGAUGACGAGGUUUCUGCACUAGCCUGGGACGAAUUUUCCAAUCAUACUACGGAGUCGAAGAGAGAAAUGGAUAAUUUCAACUCUGGGUCGCUUGAAGGUGUGCACGAUGCUGUUCACAUAUUGGCUGGUGGAACUGGACACAUGAGUGCCCCAGACUACGCCGGCUUCGAUCCUUUGUUUUUCCUUCACCAUUCGAAUGUGGACAGACUGUUGGCUCUAUGGGAGUGGUGCUAUACCGAGUACUGGAUGGAAAACGGGUAUGAACUUAAAGGGACAUCAUACCCUUGGACACAGCAACUCGGUACAUAUGCGCAAGUUUACAACGCACAGCUCCUUCCAGACGGGCCACUCCAACCAUUCCGAACGGAACAAGGAGACUACUGGACCUCUUCUCAAGCUCGAUUUUUGCAUGCAGACGCGUUUCCAAAGUAUUAUUCGUAUCCCGAGUUUGCAGGCAUUAAAGUUAAUCGAGCUGCUAUGACAUCCGACGAGCGUGCCUUGGCACGCAAGAAGGUUGCGGCCUAUUACGGGUUUGAUCCACAAACCACGGCGCAACAGGUGACGGCGUCCGCUUGGACGCAACUUCCUGUUCCAGACAAGGACCAUCCUGCCGUGCUGUCCGACCAUACUGUUAUUCCUCAAUAUCGCACAUUUGCUGUGCACGAAACUGAGCAUUCGGCUCCGCAGCUCAUAGGCACCGUCACAGUCUUUGCACGGCCAGAUCAUUCCCCUUCGGGAACUGUAAUCCACGGCAUUAUUCCCAUUCCUCCCGCAUUGAUCGAGAGUAUCAUGAAAUCAAGCGCCAACAGUGAAACGGUGGCUACAUUCGACCAGACACUCGCUCACAUCAAGGGAGAGUUCUUUGGAAAGAUUGUGGAUGCUACUGGCUCAGAGCUUGCCAGGGCUGAUGGAGGCACAGAGGCUCCCCAGAUACCAAGCCACCAAAGCACUUCUCGCAAUGUUACUCCCAUAGAAAUCUCCCUGGUGUCGACCGCUGUUGCUGAACACGGACAGAACAAGGAUCGCCCUGUCUACAUAUGCGACUGGCAGCACCAUGAGGGUGUCUUUAGUGGUGGAUGGCAGGCGACUCACCCAGCUGCGGCAUGA